CCCAUCACGGUGCCCAUGUGCAAGGGCAUCGUCUACAACCUGACCUACAUGCCAAACCAGUUCAACCACGACACCCAGGAGGAGGUGGGCCUGGAGGUGCACCAGUUCUGGCCACUGGUGCGCAUCCACUGCUCCCCGGACCUGCUCUUCUUCCUGUGCAGCAUGUACACCCCCAUCUGUCUGCCGGACUACCGCAAGCCGCUGCCGCCCUGCCGCUCCGUGUGCGAGCGGGCCAAGCGCGGCUGCUCCCCGCUCAUGAGCCAGUACGGCUUCGAGUGGCCGGAGAGGAUGAGCUGCGAGCGGCUGCCUCAGCUGGGGGACGAGACUCUGUGCAUGGACCAGAACAGCAGCGAGACCACCACACUGGCCCCCCCGUUCCCCAAACCCACCCCUAAAGGCCGGACCAGACCCCCGAGCCCCCCUAAGUGUGACAGGGAGUGCCGCUGCAGAGACCCCCUGGUCCCCAUCAAGAGGCAGUCCCACGCCCUGUACGGCCGGGUGCAGACCGGCCCCCUGGCCAACUGUGCCCAGCCCUGCCACCAGCACUACUUCUCGGCUGAUGAACGGGCGUUCACCAGCUUCUGGUUGGGCCUCUGGUCGGUGCUGUGCUUCGUCUCCACCUUGACCACUGUGGCCACCUUCCUCAUUGACAUGGAGCGCUUCAAGUACCCAGAGAGGCCCAUCAUCUUCCUUGCUGCCUGCUACCUCUUCGUCUCCCUGGGUUAUAUCAUCCGCCUGGUGGCAGGUCAUGAGCGGGUGGCCUGUGGUACCACUAGCGGUGCUGGUGGUGGUGGAGACCAGCUGCACAUCCUCUACGACACCACAGGCCCGGCUCUCUGCACCCUGGUCUUCUUGCUGGUGUACUUCUUUGGCAUGGCCAGUUCCAUCUGGUGGGUGGUGUUGUCCUUCACCUGGUUCCUGGCUGCAGGUAUGAAGUGGGGCAGCGAGGCCAUUGCUGGAUACUCUCAGUACUUCCACCUCGCCGCUUGGCUCAUCCCCAGCGUCAAGACCAUCGUGGUCCUGGCCCUCAGCUCUGUGGAUGGGGACCCUGUGGCUGGGAUCUGUUACGUGGGGAACCAGAGUCUGGAGAACCUCAGGGGAUUCGUACUUGCUCCUCUGGUGGUUUACCUCUUCACCGGUUCUCUGUUCUUGCUCGCAGGUUUUGUUUCUCUCUUCCGCAUUAGAAGCAUCAUCAAGCAAGGUGGCACCAAGACGGACAAACUGGAGCGGCUGAUGAUCCGCAUUGGGCUCUUCACGGUGCUCUACACCGUUCCAGCCACCAUUGUGGUGGCCUGCCUGGUCUACGAGCAGCACUACAGGCCCGGCUGGGAGCGAGCCUUGGCCUGCUCCUGCCUGACUGAGCGCCAGCGCUCGGGCCUUGGUCCGGACUACGCCGUCUUCAUGCUCAAGUACUUCAUGUGCUUGGUGGUGGGCAUCACCUCAGGAGUUUGGAUUUGGUCAGGCAAAACUCUGGAGUCCUGGAGGAGGUUUGUGGCUCGAUGCUGCCCCUGCUGGCUGCAGAAGGCCACGGCUCCACCCUCCAUGUACAGUGAGGCCAGUACUGCUUUAACUGGACACACUGGAACUGGGCUGACAUCAGGGAUGUAUCACAAAGCUGCUCCCUCUCAUAUAUGAACUGAAUGGACUUAUUAUUAUUAUUAUUAUGUUCAUAUACACACUGAACAGUUUCCCGUGUGGACACUUAGAAACACACAAUCCAAACACUCCAGAACGAGUUGUGGACAAACACCUGCAGGACUGUGACUCUGAUUAUCAGCGCGAAUUAAAAAACGGUAAAAAUAAACAAGUUACCUGAAUCAUAACAAAUGUAUCUUCAAAAAAUACAAAAGUAUUGGAAAAAACUGAAACCAACAAUUUAACUGCUUUAAAGAGUUGAAAAACUUCAUUUAAUUUUUCAGUCAGAGACACAAGGAUCCUCGAUGGGAUCACACGUUCUUCUUCCUGUUUGUUUAUCCUGAGCACUGAGAGAGAAAAACAUAUUUAUUUAUGUAAAUAUUGUAUACAUUUGAUGUAAAAAAAAAGAGAAAAUUAGUUGUAUAGUGUGAUGAUUAGUUAGUAAACAACCAAUGUCACUGACACGAGUCAAGAGUGAGACACCAGGGAAACGAAUCUCUUCUGAUUUGAAGUGUGUAUAAAUUUGUACAUAUCA